UAAACCAGAGAGGCCUGAGGACACUCCGAAGACACUGGGAAGUUGCAGUCCUUUAUUUGGAAUACACGUUAUGAACCCUUUCUGGAGCAUGUCUACAAGUUCUGUGCGCAAGAGACCUGAAGCUGAAGAGAAAACUUUGAGUGGAGAGCUGCGAACCAGUCCUCUACGAGCCUCUACAAAGAAACAGUUGCCUUCUAUUCCAAAGAAUGCUGUGCCAAUAACCAAGCCUGCUUCACCUGCCACGUCAUCCCAGUCGACAAAUGGAACACAUGCUUCUUAUGGGCCUUUUUAUUUGGAGUAUUCCCUCCUUGCAGAAUUUACCUUGGUUGUAAAGCAGAAAUUGCCAGGUGUCUACGUGCAGCCAUCUUACCGAUCAGCAUUAAUGUGGUUUGGUGUAAUAUUCAUAAGACAUGGGCUCUACCAGGAUGGUGUGUUUAAAUUUACUGUCUAUAUUCCUGAUAAUUACCCAGAUGGAGACUGCCCGCGCUUGGUUUUUGAUCUGCCUGUCUUCCAUCCGCUAGUAGAGCCUUUAUCUGGUGAACUGGAUGUGAAAAGAGCCUUUGCAAAGUGGAGGCGAAAUCAUAAUCACAUAUGGCAAGUAUUAAUGUAUGCUCGCAGAGUUUUCUACAAGAUUGAUACAACUAGUCCUCUGAACCCUGAGGCUGCAGUGCUGUAUGAAAAAGAUAUUCAGCUGUUCAAAAGUAAAGUGGUGGACAGCGUCAAACUAUGCAGCAGUCAUUUAUUUGACCAGCCUAAAAUAGAGGAUCCCUAUGCAAUCAUUUUUUCCCCAUGGAAUCCAGCUAUACAUGAUGAAGCUAGAGAGAAGAUGUUGACUCAGAAGAAGAAGCCGGACGAUCAGCACUGCAAAAGCAUGCAUGUCUCUGGCCUGUCGUGGGUAAAGCCUGGCUCAGUUCAGCCUUUCAGCAAAGAAGAGAAGACGAUGCCUACCUAGCUCUUCUGGACUCUGGUGCACAAAACACUUUCUGUGGGUGGAGGGAAUGUAAUGGAUGGAGAAACAGCAAAGCAGCAGUUUCUUUCUUGACUACGGAUUAGUAAAAACUGAGUGGUAGCAGUGACUCCAGUAAACCUGUUCAAUGGAUUACUGACUCUUAAUGUUUUACAUAUGCAUUAGGUUUUAAAGGCUUGCCUGGAGUUUGGAAGUCUCUCUUGAACACUGCAGUACUUCUACCUGAAGACUGUCUAGGGUGGGUAAUUCCUCAGGGCUCUGAAAUCCCUGGAGGUUUUGGGUUGGUUUUUAAGCUUUUAUUUUUUCCCUCCAGGAAUAGCAAUUUUUUUAAAAAAUCUUAAAUUACUGGCAGAAAUAUUAGCAUUGGAAAUAUGAUGCCAGUGGUAAGCUGUGUUCAUGUAAACUAAUAUAGCAGAGUUAAACACUAUAUUUAAUGGUUUUAAAUACUUUGGUUUCUAUUGUAAAUAUAUUAGGAUUUGAAAUUGUAAAUAGACGGUUCAUUGACUCCAUUUAGCACUUUCAAGAGGUAAAGCUGGGGAUGAUGUAUGAUGUAUUAUUGAUUUGUAAAUGGAUAUUGUCACUAAAGCGCACAUUAGUCUGACAGUGAAAGCAGAAUGUCAGGCUUGUUAGACUUUUAUUACGUAAACACUAAAAUCAAAGCUUUUAAUGGUGGUCUCUUGAGCUAAUAAAAUCUUAGAUGGCUUUAGAAUUCCCUAGGUGUCUAGGGGAUUACUUAGGAUAGCUUGACUAAUGUGUGUUAAUAGUGACACCUUAAAAUAAAAAGAAACCAUGAUCUAGCUUUUGUCCCUCUGUUUGUCUAUGCCGUAGACAUUUAGCAAAGACUGGAACCGGAAUGGAAGCACCCGGCUACAUAUGCACUUGCCUGCAUAUGCAUUCAGGGUGCUAAUGGGCUAGCAGGAUGUACUGGAGACUGGAUAAAUACAGUUCUGUCCUGCAUAGAGGAAAACCUUUCUAAAGCAUGUGUGAGCUCAGGACAGAAUCUUUUCACAAGGGUCUUCCUCCUUUGGCUCCUGAUACCUCUGCUGAUGGCAUUAAUGCAAACCCUGCGGUCUAGUAACAAGGGGUAGUGACUGUCAAUGUAAACGUGAUGUGGUGUUUGGGGAGAGUGGGGAGUGAUGUGGUGUAUAGUUUGGGUUUUGUGGGGUUUUUUUGUCUUUUGUUUUUCUCUGACAAGCUAAAUCCACUUGUCAUAUAACAACCUUUCCCUGGUCAACUUCUUGGCUCUUAAGGAAAUAUAGACAAAGGCUUCACAGGUAAUACGCUGUCGUAUACCAAAUGAUUAAUUUAAUGUAGUGUUAAGGAUAGUGGUUUUUACGCAGCACUUAACGUUGUAUAAAUUAAGUACUUAUCUGUUUUAGGUAAUGUUGAAAUCUUAACGCAUGAAGUUGCUUUAAACCUUCUAAAGCUUCUGGCUUUGAGAUGAGCGGUUUCCUGGGGCUGCCUGGACUGUCUCUAGCACUGCUGGAAUUCCUCUUUAGACAGAAGAAUGCAGAGGGUAUGCGGAGAGCAAGGAUCCUCUUUAAGGUAGAGAAGGAAGUGCCUCCAAAGGUGCAUUUCUUGGGGCUGCUCUUUCCUCUUUAAGUCCCCUCAUCUUAUAAAGGGUCUAUUACAGGGCCUAGGUUCUCGAUUAAAUGCUAAAAUGUUCUUUUUAAACCUUAGUAUAUCCAUUUGUACUAAGUUUAAUAAGAGAAAAUAUAAUUUGGAGUGGCUUUUUCCUAAAUAAAUUUGAGAUUAAAAUAAGAGGAAUUAUAAGCCUAAAUUACCAAGCGGGUGCUUCUGAACAGGGUAUUUGCAACUGAACGAUUGCCUUCAGCUUUCUGAAAGCUCUUGCGAACUCUGUAUAUGUGAGGCACGGGUCUGCGUAAACUGCAGGCUCUGGGCAUGUCAAUUAGUAAAGCAGAUUUAAACAUAUAAUGGCCUUAAAUGCACUGUGGCUUUUUUUUUUUUUAUUGUAAACUGUUGAAAGUGGUGGUUGAGUGCAGAUCUUCUGAAAGGAUAUUUUUGCCAAGGUGACUCAAUUGCUGGGUGAGAUGUCUGUGACUUGGUAUGGUUUUGUAGGGCAAUUAACUCUGUAACUUGGCUUCUGCUAUCUCCAGCACAAAUCUGUCUCCUCUAGCUCGGAGCUCAGUCUGACUUUGUGAAGAAGGUGUGUUAAGGCAGUGGUAUUUAAAAAUGGAUAGGGAAAUACAGAGCAAAUCUGCAGUCUUUAGUGGCUCCCUGAAGGUUGCUGCUGCUGUUACGCUUUCAGACAAUUGCAAAGUCAUUACUAGAAUAAUUCUCUGUAUUUCCACUGACAUCACUAUUGCUGUGUCAUCCCCAGAGAAGCUCAUCACAAUCAGUCUCGUGCUUUGAUAUAUCGGUAACUAGAGUAAAGCCGACAGACUUGCUGUAGGAUGUUUUGCUGUUUGAGUCUUGAAACAGUGGCUACUGUCAGGAGCAGCACUAUCUCUGUUUCUACAGCAACACCAGAAACCAGUGCCAGCAAGGUAACAUCAAACUGAACGUUGUCUUCGUGCUAGUAGUGGUGGCUUGUUGGAGUGAAACAUUAAACUCCAAACCUUGAAAUAAACCUACGCAAAUAAUGGAUUUGAGAUUUUUUUGUGGUGGUUUCUUUCUUCUCCCAUUCCUACCCCUUGGGAAGGAAGGAGUGGGAGAAGGCUGAGGACUUGCAAGAACUUUGCUCUUACUCUUAAGUAUUUUUUUUGAAACAUGUUACAUAAAUAGACUGCGAAGUCCUGUCUUCAGAUCAAGAACCUUGAGGAGAGUGAAAAAUUCUGAAUUGGCACUUAGGUUUGUGUAUUCUUUCUUUGUGUACAUUCUACCUCUUUAUUUAAGGAUGGUUUUUCUACCAUUGUUUUUGCAUUCUGUAUCUUGCAUGCUAAAGUUUGGUAUUUUGUGAGAACAGGGUUUGGAUGGCAGAUGGCUGUAACCCUGUUACAUUUUUUUUCCGUGCGUCAGUACAGCAAAAACCUGUGGAUCUUGGAAGAAGGCAGGCGAUUCUCACUGCUGUUCCUGUUGUCAGCUCCGUGACGGCAUGUGCAGAACGGCUUUCUUUUCUUCCCUCUCUUCCUUACCCACCAUGGAAAGCAGAAGAAAGCAGAAACCUUCUGGAGCAGUUGCUUAGUGCCACAGCUGCUUCUUGAAAAGCUAGUGAGUAACAGGGCUAGGGAGGGCGAGAGUGCGUGCGCCUGUGUGUACGUGCGUGCAUGCGGUGUUCCUGCUGUGCGAGCAAAGGAGCGAAUAACUGGGCACGUAGCACUUCUCUGCUCCAGUCCCUCCUGGCUCAGCGACAUUUAGGAAGCGGCUGCCAGUGUAAAACAGGGGUUGGAAACUUAAUUUUUCAGUCUUUCAAAGCAAGGAAUGUCAUUCUUGCCCUGUACUGCCAACCACAGAAGCUGUCUGGCCCACCUCCAUCAGUGAGAGGGAGAUCUGGCGGGCUGGGAGGCUGUUGCGUUGCCUGAGGUGGCACACGGGUGUGCGCUGGCAGCGCCUGUGCCAUCUCCUGGGCAGGUGUGGCCGCAUGAGGCUCUGCGCGACCCACGCGGCUCUGCAGGGAGUUCCGGGCUUCGUUUCCCAGCACGGAUGUGGUCGCUUCUCCCUGGGAUCUUCGCUGCAGAGAUCGAAGACCAUGUCCGCCCCUGGUGGAGAAGGGUGAGUGAUCUCGCUGCUGAUCCGCUCCUCUGGGAGGCGGGGGGGAGGGAGAGCGGGAGGCAGUAGUGGGGGAAGCGGAGUCUUGCUCAGCCUCCCUCCUCUCAUACCAGAAAAAACGCUUGUAGGUAGUGCAGGGUAGGGCUGUAGCAGCGGCAGUAGCGUGGGACUUCGGUUGUUCCCUGACUCAGGUACUUCGGAAAUACUUGGUAGAAGCCAGGGCCUUGAGUGCUUGUGCAUAUAGACUGGGGUUGCCCACGGGAACUGCCCGAGGCCCCUUUGUUCUCAAGGGUGCGCUUGGGUCGUUGGGCGCGUUUUGCUCUUUCUCGUGCUUGCAGGGUGCAGGGGGAGCGGCCUUUCUCUGCGUAGCUUGGGCAGCAGUUCCGCUGCUCUCACUCUGUUUUACAUCCCUCCAAUGCUUUUAGAGAUCUUUCCUAAUCUCCCUUACUUAGCGCUGUGCCUUGCAGCGGUUAUUGCUAGGAAGGGUAUGUGCAGGCAGCAGCUGACACCCAGCUUGCCCGGCCCUAGCACUGUCCUGCCCCGGGAAGGGGUGGACGUGUGGCACAGCACACAGAGGAGCGCUUGCAGCGGCCACAGCUGGUGGCUUGUGCUUAAAUCAAACUAUUUCUGGUGCCUGACAACUGCUUAACAACUAGCUUGCUACUUGGAGAACAUUUCUUUUGUUGCUCUUGCCUCUUUUUUGCUUCUCGCGCAGCUGAUUUGCUACUUUAAAAAAAAAUAAAAAAUCCUUCAUAGGGUUUGUGGCUUUUGUUAUUUGCAUUCUAGGGAACAGAUUUCUCAUAAUCCUAAAUAGGCAUUUCUCCAGUUUCACUCGUGUCAGGUGCCACUGGUCAUUAACCUUUCGAGCAAGUACAUGGCUUUUAGUCAGGCAUGAUGCCGCUACUGAGCAGCUGGCUUUCAGCAGUCCUUGCUGCCAGGGAGGUCUCUAGAAUAGGGUGCGGCACAGCUGAAGGGGGCUGUCACACACGGCCUUGGGCUUGGGCGAGAAUCAGCCAGCUCCCUCCUAACCCGGAGGGAAGGAAGAGGAGGUCGCUCUGUGCCGCUUCCCUUGGGCAGCUCCCUCUUCUAGUGGCAUUCGGGCCCCCGCCAGCCUGUGUAUUCCAGGCCUCUGGCAGAUUAUCAGGAAUUGCAGGUGCCUUGGUAUUGUCAAACGCCUGUUCUGAGUUUGCAGUAGGAGACAGAAAUGGAGGAACUGGUCUGAAAGCCAAGCUGGUGUUGCCUGGGAAGCGGUGAUGGGUUUUCUUUCGAGGAGAGCAUGUGGGAAGAGUGUGUGAGGGCUAGCGCACAGGCCUGGCGCGUAGCGACUAAAAUGCUGUGAAUGUUAAUUCUGUUGCCGCUGUGGUUUCUCUUACACUUCUAUUGGGAAGGCUGACGUUGAAAUCUAAGAGGUUCAGAUUUAGCAUUGGGGAAGCUGAGUUACAGGACUCUUGAAGCAGAAACUGGGCCUAGCGUUGUGACUGAGCGCGCCGUGCCAGCUGGGCAGGGAGGUGGAACCAGAGCGUUCAGCUGGAACGCGAGCGAUCCUCUUCAUUUAUUUCUAUGAUUAUUUGGAAGCCUUUGUAAUAAAUCACUGACUUGCAAAUUUGCUAAGCCUCUUAGGUGAGGGACUUGCGUAGAAGUUUAAUCCCUUCUAAUCCUGGGCUGCUCUUUCACCUCUGCUGCAGCGGGGCGGGCGCAGGACUUCGCUCCCGGCGCUGGACAAAGCGGCGGCGCGGCGGUAGCCCCAUGCGUGCCGACGCUGGGCGGGGAGCGUCAACUGUGGCGCAAAUCCUGGUGACUGUUACCUAAUGUCCGUUCAGAGACGCGGCUGCUGCCGGGUUAUUUGCCCGAUGCUUGCUGGGGUUUGGAAAACCCCACAGUUAACGAUGAGGAAGAGCAAUGAGAAGGCAGAACGAUAGAGGGGUGUAGUAAAGACGAUGGUUAUUGGAGUGAGUUUUGUUUAUCUUUGAGCUGUUACGGACUGCUGCCUAGGCUGGAUCGCUCUGAGCUAAAUCCAUGCUAAGAGCAGUUUGCUGGAGAGAAUAAUUUUAUUUCUUCAAAGAACACUGAAUUUUGUUAAGUGUAGAGUGAAAAAUCUGAAUCUUUUUUUUUUUUUUUUUUUUUUCUUUUUAGAUGGAGAAAGGGGUGUGAAUACUGACUACAUCAUCUCUAAUUGCAUUUGCGUAUUGAAGGAAGCUGUUCCAGGCGCAAGGUGGGCGGGUGAGUCCUGAAACGGUACCACUGGGAUCAGGUCUCCUCCUGCAUUUGGCCGUCAUCGUUCCUGGUACAGCAUGAGAUCUUGUACUAAAAGCUCCUGCGAGGAAGGUACUGGCUUGCUUUUGUCCUGGGGUCCCCUGCCCCUGCGCGGCAACGGCAGCCCUGUGCCAGGCUCUCUGUUCGGAGUGAAGAUGGCGAUGGAAUCCCGGCAAGAGGAAACCUUCUCUUUGUCCUGUGACUACUAAGUGCCACUGGUUUUUUCUUUUCUGUUUGUGUGUUUUUUCUUUUCUUAAAACCCCGUAAUUGCACUGUUUGACUGCAGUUCUUGCGAGCUCGAGCGCAUCGCGUGCCUUGCAGACCCCAGCUGUACGAUUUCUGUUCCGUUUUCAGUGCAGACGGGUCACCCCUGGUGUUGGGCCAUUGGUGCUUUUCUUCAUACAAGAAGGUAAAAUUGAACAUCCACACGAUUUCUUGACUUCAGCCUUUUCGUUAUGCAGGUAAGAAUGAAAGACACUUAUUUUACUGUAAUUGAAUUUACAGGGGAAUUAAGUCCUAAAUUUUCCCAUUAUUCAGAGGAGCAGGGAUGACCGAAAAUACAGAGCUUUUAACUUUUGCUUCCUUACAACACCUUCUGGAAUCAGAGUGUGCUGCAUUUUACAGUACCACCCCCACUGUCCCAGCUGAGUCACUGGAAGGGAGUGGACGGCCACGCUGCACCGGCUGUUGGCGUGCUUAAUGCCUUCCUAGUAAGCCUGGUGGCUUGGGACUAUUGUAAAUUUAAACGAUGAGUAAGUCUAAUAUAUGCACCACUUCCUGGCCCUGUGUGUAGGGCAGAGAUUUCUCCCGGCAGCCUGAUUUAGUCCAUUAAAAAAGAACAAAACCCAAAGCAACCCCCCAAGCCCUAUGCUUUAAAAUCAAACAAAAAAGCUAACUCAAUGUUUUAAGAGAUGGACGCCGCCAUCCUUCUGCGGAGUAAGCGAGGUGGCCGCUUC